CAGGGCGCCGGGAGCAGAGAGACUUGUUUCCAUCUUCUCUUUCUCUCUCUCUCUCUCUCAUGUUUCCUCGGAGCCUCUGUGGAGUUGGAUGAGAGAUGGGAUGUGGAAAUUCCUCGUCAGCCUCCAAAUGCAGCAAAACAAACAGCAGCAGCAGCAGUGGAGGUCGUGCUGAGUUUUCAUCAAAGCUAUUAAAUGAAGUGACCUCAGCUCACACGCUGGGUUUUAAUGCGUCUGUGUGUGCUGGCACAUCAGAGGAUUCCAUGCAGGAAGACGACAAACGGAAGAACUAUGGAGGUGUGUAUGUGGGUUUGCCUCCAGACCUGAGCAGCAUCCCUCAAGUCCAGAUAGGACCGCUAAGAGAGAACGAAGGGGACUCGAUGUCCCUCAGGAAGCCGCUGUGGGGGGACGGACUCAAAUUUUAAUGACGAGCCAGGCCCGCGCACGCUGCUGAGGGCGAGUGCAUGUUUCUGCUGAAACAACAUCUGAUUGGAGGUCUGCCAGAGCUGCCAGCUCCUACUAACACUCACAGCUGGCUCGCAAAGGUCCAGCGUAGAAGAGUCUGACGCAGCCAGGAGCCUUCAAGAUCCAGAAGAGUGCUAGAAGUGAAGGUUCUCCCUCAUAGCAGCUGAAGCAGUCUUGGUGAACGUAGCUCCUGCCAGCUGAUCCGCAGGUCCUUAAUUAGUGGAUAACAGACAAACCACACUAAACUCACCAACAGCCGUCUUCAUAGCUGGAUGCAGGCUGUAAGUGUGUUUAUUUCUGCUGUGAGCUUUUACACGUGGGUCAGGGGAAAAGUAACACACUUAUGGAGUCAUCCCCCGGUGGUCAUUCAAUAAACUGCAAGUUCCUAAUAGUCAAGGGGCAACUUUAGAAAAGAGCCUCCGUUAAGACUUUUGCUCACAUGUCUGGGUAAAGUUUGACAACCUAUUUUAUUUUUUUUUGUUAGAACAAAACUAUAGAAGGAAUUUUAGGGGUGUUGUCAUCUUGAAUUUUUUAGCUGGUGACCACUAGAGGCGCUAGAAUAUUCAAGUUCUCAAUUCAGGCAUAUGGUCAGUUUUGGUCAACCUGUACAAUUUAUAUGCAUAAUUGUCAAGAUUAAAACAUUGUAUAUCUAAGGAAAUAGAUAAAACAAUAGUAAAAACAGCCUUUAUGAAUCAUUUUGUAAUAUUUUAGCCAAUAUUGGAUACUAAAUAUCACUUUUUUAUAGACGUUUUUGACACAGGAUUUCAUAGAAAAUGUGUUUCACUGCAAAAAAAAAAAGAAAAAAGAUGGUUAUUAUGUGUGUGUUAAAAACGCCUAUAAAAAAGUUUCGACUUUUUUUCUCAAUUUCAACUUUUUUCUCAACAUUUAAACUUUUUUUCUCG